AGCGCGGGGUUUGCCCGGCUCUUCCUUCCAGGCCAUCCAAGAUCCCCAAGUCCUUGCGCUUGGGUCCAACAGCCUCUGACCAGGACAGCCGUCGAGGAGCCUGCUGGGGACGCUUGUCUUGGGGCCCCAGCCUUGCCCAGGACGCCCUGGAGCUGCUACCAUGUAUGCCUCAGUGGGCUUGCUGCUCCCGGUCCUGCUGCUCCUGCUGCCCUGCGUCCCUGGACUGCCCUUCUACAACGGCUUCUACUACAACCCUGGCGGCAGAAAGCUGGGCAGUGGCCACAGGGAAGGCCUCUUCAAUGGAGUAAAGCUGGUGGUGGAGACGCCCGAGGAGACACUGUUCACCCACCGUGGUGCCAAUGUGACCUUGCCCUGCCGCUACCACUAUGAGCCGACCUUGGCGUCCCCAAGGCCUGUGCGAAUCAAGUGGUGGAAGCUAUCAGAGAAUGGAGCCCCGGAGCAGGAUGUGCUGGUGGCCAUCGGGCAGAGGUGCCGCUCCUUCGGGGACUAUGAAGGCCGUGUGCACCUGCAGCGGGACGGGGAGCAUGAGGCCUCGCUGGAGCUGCAGAACCUGCGGCCCGAGGAUUCUGGGCGCUACCGCUGUGAGGUCAUCGAUGGGCUGGAGGAUGAGAGCGGCGUGGUGGAGCUGGAACUGCGGGGCGUGGUCUUCCCCUACCAGCACCCCCGGGGCCGCUAUCAGCUUAACUUCCGUGAGGCUCAGCAGGCCUGUGAGGAGCAGGAUGCAGUGGUGGCCUCCUUUGAGCAGCUCUUCCGUGCCUGGGAGGAGGGUCUGGACUGGUGCAAUGCUGGCUGGCUGCAGGACGGCUCUGUGCAGUACCCGAUCACCCUGCCACGGGAGCCCUGCGGGGGCCUGGGUCUGGCACCCGGCGUGCGCAGCUAUGGCCCCCGCCACCACCGCCUACACCGAUAUGAUGUGUUCUGCUUCACUGCUGCCCUCAAGGGUGUACUACCUGGAGCACCCCGAGAAGCUGACGCUGACAGAGGCCCGAGAGGCCUGCCGGGAAGACGGCGCCCACAUCGCCAAGGUGGGCCAGCUGUUUGCUGCUUGGAAGUUCCGUGGCCUGGACCGCUGCAAUGCUGGCUGGCUGGCAGAUGGCAGUGCCCGCUACCCGGUGGCUCACCCCCGCCCCAACUGUGGGCCCCCGGAGCCCGGGGUGCGGAGUUUUGGCUUCCCAGACCCGCAGAGUCGCUCCUACGGCGUCUACUGCUACCGCCGGAGCUAGGCUCGUGCCAGCUGUGCCGCCACCGUACUGUGUCCCAGCUCUGUAUUUAUGGACUGGUUCCUUUUCCCUUGUGGCUUGGGGCACUUUUUGUAUUUUUUAAUACUUCUCCACUUAAAUUUUAGAAGUAUUUUUUGGUAAUAGCAACUCACACCUCCUUGGACUCCCUAGACUCUCCUGCCUGGGGACAUUUGGGGUCCGUGGGCUUUCAGAGGGGUCUCUGCCAUCAGAGUCCCGGCUGUCUCCGUGCCCUGCAGUGGCUGGGGCCCAGGAUGGUUGCAGCUGUCACUCUGCCUCAGCAUGGAGAGGCAAAGGGUCUGGGGUGGGGUGAGUGAGUGAUCUUUUUCAUUUCUGAAGUGGCUCCCUGGGUUUCUGGGUGAAAUUCCCUCUCCUCUCCCCUCUUCUGGUCCCCGCAUCUCUGUCGUUUUCACGUUUUCCUGUCUGUGGAGAGGCUUUCUGGUGUUGUGUCUUCUUCGGAUAAUAAAUGGUGCUGUGGCCCUUCCUCUA